AUGGCGCCCGCUCUCACCGACGCCCCAGCCGAAGCUCACCACAUCCGCUUCAAGUUGGCUGCCCCAUCCUCAAGUCUCUCACCGGACAGUGCAGAGAACAACGGUAACGCCAGCAACAUCCUCAUCCAUAGCAGUGGCCCCGCUAAGUGCAAGGCCGCCUCUGAAGAGUGCCCUCUUGACUUUUGUGGUGGCGACCAGGAACAGCAGCAACAGCAGGCUCAAGCCGACUCUGUGUCCCAGGCCUCGGCCCUGGACAAACUCCAGCCACUGGUGGCUUCUUACUUAUGCUCUGAUGUGACACCUGUCCCUUCAACUAAGGAAUCAAUCAAGCUGCAAGGAGUACUCAUCAAACAGGGCGGGGCAAAAAAGUGGGCCACUGUGUCUGGCUCUGGCUGUGUGGUGGCAGUGAAUGGUGACAAGCCUUCUGCCACCACAGGCUCUGAGUCCCAGAACCUGCCCUUGGACUCUGAUACCUUGACAGCUACCUUAUCAGGGCAUAUCCCGGUGAAAGGAACCCUUAAACAGAAGCAUUCCUCUGGGGUUUCUCAAAAUGCAGAUGGACAAAUCCUUGAACUACCAGUGCUUCAGUCUGCUGCACUUUCCCCCUUUACCCAAGAUAACCCUAACCCCAAUGAACACAUGAAUUUAGAGGAGGCUGAUUCACACACACCACCCAGUCAGUCACAGGGUUCUGAAAGAGAGAGACCAGGUAGAGGCCAGCAGGGCUCGCCGUCCUGCACACCUGCGCCACAGCCUCCUCUGCCCUGUAGUUCUUCCUCAGACUGCCUUGAUGCUCAUGUUAGGGAACGCAUCCUUCUCAACAGCAGCCGCCAAGCUGAGAUUGAAAGCCGGUUACGUCGACUGCGUAAACGUCUUCAGGUGGUACAAGCCAAGCAGGUGGAGCGGCACAUUCAGCAGCAGCUGGGUGGUUUCUUGGACUCAGCUCUCAACCGGCUCCUGGCUGGUAACCGCAAAUCAGAGACAGCAACCCCCACAGCUACAUGGCGGACUGGACGCCACUCUUCGUCAAACAACAGAGAUGGCCUCAGCCGCUUCCUGAAAAGUGGGUCCAUGCCCUUGGAACUAGAGAGGCUGUAUCUGAGUGGAUCAGCCAACCUUCAUUCAGCAGAAAGCGCUUUUGACUCAGAUGUAACAGAAAGCAGCUCUGGAGGGGACACUGACCUGGAGGAAGAGGAGCUUACUCGAGUAGACAUUGAGCAACGACAUGUCAAGAUAUGGAAGCGAGCAGAGAGCCGCUACACUGUGGAGCGAGCCGCUAUCAUCAGCCACUGGAACUGGCUCCAGGCCCACAUCUCAGACUUGGAGUACCGUAUCCGACAGCAGACUGACAUGUACAAACAUAUCCGCGCUGGCAAGGGCUCGGUGGAGCUGGGAGGUGUUGCCCCGAGCACAGCGCCUGCAGCUGGGACAGAGGUGAAAUAUGAGCCUGUAAAUGCUCAGGAUGUCUCUUCAGAACGGCUGGAGCACACAGGCACCGCCCACAUCAGCAGCACAGAGUCCGGCCCUUGGAAAGCUCAAAACGGACAGCCAGUUAAUGGCGUCCUCAGCAGGAUGGCAGAGAGUGGAGACACCAAGCACCAGCCGCCAUCGGCCUAUGACAGCACAUGUGUGGCUGCGCGAACACGACCGCUAGUCAGCUGCCGACGACGGCGGCUCAUUCAGCCCAACACCGUGCCCAACCUCAAUGGCAAGGCCCAGAGAAGCAGCUGUAUCCAGUGUAACUGCAGGGUCAACCCCAGCUGUGUGAUGUGUGGUGGCUGGCCCACCCCCAGAGAGGACCUUCAGUAUGAGCUGCCCACCCUGGAGCGCCUGUCACGACUGGAUUUUGGCAUCCACUCCAUCCUCUCCUUCCCUGAUGACGUCUGUAUAGGCCUCCGUCUGCAGGAGGUGAUGAAGAGCCAGUGGCAGAGCAAGUCACUGGAGAGGAGCAAACCACUGAAAAAGCUCUCUCUCAAACACAAGCUUUCCUCAUCCAAAGAGAAGCACAAGUUCACAAACUCACUCAUGGCAGUCAGACUGGGCCACUAUAAGAACCGUGCAGAGAAGCCAAGGACGAAGGACAGCAGUGUGAGCAGCAGCGGUGCUGUGCUUAACACAGCCCGGCUCGAGGGCCAGUCCAUGUGCCAGGCUGAGCGGCUGCAGGCCCUCUCCACCUCCCUAGGGCCCUAUGACAAGAACUACAGCCGCAAGAGAUUAAGAGAGCACUCGCUGGACAGGACUGACACCUCCCCAAAACUGUUCCUGGACUCGAGCAGCCCAUGCGCGACUCUGGCCAACAUGCACUCGUCCAUUCACAGCGCCCUCACCCGGCAGCUGUCCACGUCUUCAGAGAACUCCACACCGCUGGGCCCCAGCGGCCAGAGCGUCCCGAGCACACCACAGCCCAUCAAGAGGAGGCGAGGUGAAAGCUCUUUUGACAUCAACAACAUUGUGAUCCCCAUGUCUGUGGCAGCCACCACCAGAGUGGAGAAGCUGCAGUACAAAGAGAUCCUCACACCCAGUUGGAGAUCUGUGGACAUCUUCUCGCAACCUAUCACUGAAGAGGAGAACGAGCGGGAUGUGGAGGACCUGACUGAUGCAGCCUUUAUCCAGCUCCAUCAGCCCUAUGAGGACCAGGAGCGUUCCCGCUGGACUUGGAUGGCCCUGGCUCCGGCUAAGAGGAGGGGCAGCAGGUCAUACAAAUCUGUUGACGGGCGGACCACACCGCUGCUGUGCGGGACCAACCCUCCCACCCCUCAGCCUGCGUCCCCAGACCCGGGCCACUGCCCCACGCUCCACGACUACAGCCACGUGCCAUCGCCCAUGAGCCCCGCCAGCCCUGACACCACCUCCAACCCCCUCACGCCCUGCUCCAGGGACUCGCAUCGAUUGCUGUCCAGCGAGGACACACGGUGCUCAACGCCAGACUUCACCUUCGAAGAGCGGACGGUAGCGCCAUGGGAGCGUCGCAGCUUCCCCCUGACAGAGGACCCGGCCCCGGAGCCCGAGGCGGAGGGUGACCACCACAUCAGGCCCAGAAUGCGCAGCAUCUCAGGUUGCCGAGCAACAUCCUACGGCCGUCUGGAUUCGGACGACAUGGAUCUGCCAUGUGACGACGACGGCGGCCCCAAACACAAGGCUUCCACCCACCGAUGAAUGACUGACAGGCUGAGGUCGCCUGGCCCCCCCACUUCCCCCAAGCUCCUCUCUGGCAUUAACAAGCAGAACCUCAAAGCAGAAUAAGAUAUUAAAUGGGUUCCUGUUGUUUGAUAUUCAAACAUCAGUCUAAUACUUUUCACAGUUUUUAGUGAACAUUAUGGAGAUAGAAGCCUU